CCGCCGCCUCCUCCCCCGUCGCCGCUUCUCUUCUCAGCCCAUCCCUCGCCCGCGCCUCUGCCUGCGCCCAGGUGCCGCCGGAGCGACACGGAGCGCCACCCGGCCCGGCCUGGCCCACGGCCGCCUUGUCAUGCUGCCCAAAGUGGAGACGGAAGCCCUGGGACUCGCCCGGUCGAAUGGGGAACGGGGGCAGAUGCCGGAAAACAUGCAAGUGUCUCAGUUUAAAAUGGUGAAUUACUCCUAUGAUGAAGACCUUGAAGAAUUGUGUCCAGUCUGUGGAGAUAAAGUCUCUGGGUAUCACUAUGGACUACUUACCUGUGAAAGCUGCAAGGGAUUCUUUAAGCGAACCGUCCAGAACAACAAAAGGUACACGUGCAUAGAAAAUCAAAGCUGCCAGAUUGACAAAACUCAAAGAAAGCGUUGCCCUUACUGUCGGUUUCAGAAAUGUCUCAGUGUUGGAAUGAAGUUGGAAGCUGUGAGAGCUGACCGAAUGCGUGGGGGUCGAAACAAGUUUGGACCAAUGUACAAGAGGGACAGGGCACUGAAGCAGCAGAAGAAAGCUCUCAUCCGAGCAAAUGGACUCAAGUUGGAAGCCAUGACUCAGGUGAUUCAAGCAAUGCCUACCGACCUGACAAUAUCCUCCGCCAUCCAGAAUAUCCAUUCUGCCUCCAAGGGCCUACCUCUGAACCACACCGCCUUGCCUCCCACAGACUAUGACCGGAGCCCCUUUGUGACCUCUCCAAUUAGCAUGACAAUGCCACCCCACGGCAGCCUACAAGGUUACCAGGCCUACGGCCACUUUCCGAACCGCGCAAUCAAGUCCGAGUACCCCGAUCCAUACACUAGCUCCCCCGAGUCAAUUAUGGGCUACUCGUACAUGGAUGGUUACCAUCAGACAAGCUCACCAGCAAGUAUUCCUCAUCUGAUAUUGGAACUCCUGAAGUGUGAGCCAGAUGAGCCGCAGGUCCAGGCGAAGAUCAUGGCAUACCUGCAGCAGGAGCAAGCCAACAGGAGCAAACAUGAGAAGCUCAACACCUUUGGGCUUAUGUGUAAAAUGGCUGACCAAACCCUGUUCUCGAUUGUCGAGUGGGCCAGGAGUAGCAUCUUCUUCCGAGAACUUAAGGUUGAUGACCAAAUGAAGCUCCUUCAGAACUGCUGGAGUGAACUCUUAAUUCUGGAUCAUAUUUAUCGGCAGGUGGUUCAUGGGAAGGAGGGCUCCAUUCUUCUAGUCACCGGGCAACAAGUGGAUUACUCAAUCAUAGCAUCUCAAGCAGGAGCGACACUCAACAAUCUUAUGAGCCACGCACAGGAGCUAGUAGCAAAACUACGGUCGCUGCAGUUUGAUCUACGAGAGUUUGUGUGUCUCAAGUUUCUGGUGCUUUUCAGUUUAGAUGUCAAAAACCUAGAGAACUUCCAGCUGGUAGAAGGUGUUCAAGAGCAAGUGAACACAGCUUUGCUGGACUAUACCAUGUGCAACUAUCCACAGCAGACAGACAAAUUUGGGCAGCUUCUCCUGCGACUCCCAGAAAUCCGGGCAAUCAGUAUGCAGGCUGAAGAAUACCUCUACUACAAACACCUGAAUGGGGACGUGCCAUGCAAUAACCUCCUCAUUGAAAUGCUGCAUGCAAAGAGAGCAUAAAUUAUAUCCUUUACACAGCUUCCGCUUUUGAAAAAGAAAAGAAAAAAAUACUCUGAACUGCUCCAAGCAACACUAAUUAAAAGAACUUGGUUUAAAGGAACUUUUCAAAAGUAAAAUGUAAAAUGGUAUAAUAAUCAAAUACUUAAUAGAAAAUAAGUGAUGUAUCAGGGUAUUUGUAUUGCAAACUGUGAAUCAAACACUGCACAGUCUCCCCAAAGGAACUUGUAUAGGACUUUAUCACUGGAAUGAAAAGAGAUUACAAAUGGAUGUGGAUACCAUUGCCAAUGUCACAAAACUAAACAAAGGAAGGAACAAUUCUUGUAAGUUAAACUUUGCCAGUUGCCACUGUGGAGAAAUUAGGAGCACAUUUUAUCUGUAUUAUUCAGCUAGCAGGUCAAGGGGAUCUGUAUGCACUAAACCCCUUCAUUGGUUAGCAGAACUGAAAGCAUCUCUAAAGCAUGCCAAACUGCAGGCAUCUUUCCACAGACUGAAUUCAUAUUUCUCCGUGAAAAAGAUGUGGGGCACCAAUCCGUAUUAAAGAUCGGGCGUAGGCCGCUUUCACAGUAUACAUGCAUACACACUGCAGCAGCACCAAAACAAGCCAACCAACAAAUAUCUGCAGAAAUCAAGCCUGGUUUUUGGACUGUCUGUGACUCAGGCCUACAAAUAGUUGAUACGGGAAGGGGGGUUGUGUUGAUGAAGUUAGUGUGACAUUAUUAAUAUGUUUCCAAAGUUUGUUUUUGUCAUUGUAUUCAUACCAUCAGCCAGGCAGUAUUCCUCUUCCACAAGCAGAAGGAGGAAUGACUACAAGUGUUGGAAGGAAGCUGCUCCAUAAGCCACCGUCGUUGGACCAUAUCUCCAGUGGACUCGCGCAGGCAUCACUGGAAUGGCUUCUCAAAGCUUUUAGUGCCAAAUAAGCUUAUGGAUACUACUCAGUGUCUUGACCGUCCUCUAAAAUAAAACAGUAUUUCUUAAGAGAAUUCAAACGGUGGCAUGUCUUGAUCCCAUCACAUCUGAUUUGAAUUGAACUGAAUUACUUGGAUUUAAGAAGGUCGUUUAUCUCCGUAACUUCUAACCAUACCCUGCGGUUAAUCUUGCUUGUGACCUCUUCCACAUCCCAUGAGUAUUUCACUGGCAUAUAGGACUGGACAGGUCUAGCCAUGGGAGUUCAUUUCUGAGCCAGCUGUUCAGGUAGUUCAAAAGGAAGUUUGUAGACCUUACGAGCCACCAAGUCAAAUGCAGCCCAGCACACAUGGAUUGCACUAAUAACCCAAUAAUAACCUAUCUUUUGCUGCUUGCCUGGGACUGCAAAGAACAGAAAAGGGCUUGCCAAAUAUCUGACAUGGUUGGUGGGCUGUGUUUGGUUUGGUGGGUUGCAGGUUGUGCACACCUGCUUUAGAAUUGCCAGUUGACCAUUGGUUUAUUCCUCUAACCAAUCAAAUCAGAUCCUAGCAGGUAACUAGUAUCAAGGUCUGAAAAGUGGACCUCUUCUAUUUCAGUGGGCAGGAGCUAUGGGCUUUCCUGGAAGGAAAGAAGCCACCAUUUUAAAUUUUAUCCUAUAUCCUGCAGUGACAACAGCUCAGGGGCACAGUGGGAAAUUUAAAAUGGCAGCUUGUAGGCCCUGGGUAGGAGCCAAUGCCAGUGAGUUCUGUCAAGGCCUCAGGACCUUAUGGCUUCAGAACUGGUCUGACCAAAAAUCCCAUUCUUGCCAUGCUCCACUGGUGAUCUGUUUAACUCUGCCCAGAUUUUACCCAGCUCUACUGCCUUCCCUCCUGUUUAUAACUGCACUCUAAUCCUAGGGCAGUUGACUUGCUCACUUUGUAGCAACCUGCCAGUUGUUCCCCCUCAGAAGGAUGCAGUGGUAUGUGCUAUUUGCACUAUUGUGCUAGGAACCAAUGCUUGUGCGAUAUCAGUAGCGCUUGCUAGUGCAACAGAUUUCCCAGGAAAAUCAUCACAACACAACACAACACAACACGCAAUGUUGCAUGAACACUGGUUUCCAAUAACACAAUGUCAAUAGCACUAGCGGGAACACACUGCUAAAUCCUUCCGGAGGCCUACCUCUUGACCUAUCCCUGGUUUGGCCUGGGACAAUAUUUCUCAAAUGUUGUCAUCCUUCAAUGACCAUCUCCCAGGGACUACACCUGAGCAAAGGGAAACCACAAUGCAUUAUGGAAUCGCACAUUCUCUUGCAUUGAUGUAGCGUUCACCUCUCAUUAGAGGAUUCUUUACUCCAGCAGAGAAAAUCCAAGUACUUCAGCCCGAACUAGCCUCUGGAUCAAAUUGUGGGUAAUAAAAAGCCAACAGCAAAAACAUGUUUCUACCUAUGCAAGGAAAAAGAUACUUCAAGUGUAUACGCUGUUGAAACAAGCAGUGGGUUAAUAUUAUUGGUAGUUCAAAGAUUAGGCCAGCUUUGUACAGUACAGCUUUGACAUCAGACAACACAUGUGAAACCAAUUUUUAAGCAAAAAUGUUUAACGUGAGGACAGAAGAGUGAUACUGCCAUGUCUGUGUAGACCAAAGUCCACUGCAGAACCAAUACUGAAGGGGAUGUGAUGAUUUCUCUAUACAAAAUGAAGAUAUCAGUAUUAUAAAAAGCAGGGCCACAGUGAUGAAGCUGCACGUGAAGCUUUGCCUUAUCUCAGAAUCCUGAAUGGUAAAUGUACAGAAGUGGAUCAACAUAAGUUUAGAACAGGAAAGUAUUA